AUGCCCAUUUCCGACAUGCUCGUGGAUUGUACGGUUGGAUACGAGAUUUUUUCCUUUAUGGACGGCUACUCUGGCUACAAUCAAAUAUAUUUGGCCAAGGAAGAUGCCCAUAAAAUAGCUUUCCGCUGCCCUGGAGCAAUCGGAAUCUUCGAGUGGAUAGUAAUGCCCUUCGGCCUCAAGAAUGCCGGAGCAACCUACCAGAGGGUGAUGAAUGCAAUUUUUCACGACUUGAUCGGUGCUUGUAUGGAGGUAUACAUUGAUGGCGUGGUCGUGAAGUCCCAAGCAUUCAAUCACCACCUACUGGACCUUCGGAAUGCCUUUAUAAGGAUGAGGCAGCAUGACCUCAAGAUAAACCCGGCAAACACCACGGGAGCAGCCGGAGCAGGCGUAGUAAUCUCCAGUUCAAAAGGAGAAGUAGGGCGUUUCUCUCACCAGCUUUCGCAAGGUGUCACAAAUAAUCAAGCCGAAUAUGAGGCGUUACUAUUGGCAUUGCGAUUUUUGGUUGCAAGGGAUGUCAAGAAGGUCGUUAUUCAAGGGGAUUCUCAACUGGUUAUCCAACAAGCCCUCAAAGAAUUCAAGUUGAAGGAGCCACAGCUUCAGGACCUGCUUCAAGAGACCCAUGACCUUCUUCGGCAGCUCAUAGAUGUGACAUUAGAAGACAUACCUCGGGAAGCGAAUGUAGAAGCACACAAUUUGGCGCAGUGGGCCUCCGGAUUUAAAAAAGAGAAAUAUUGCAAAGGUUCGAAUGUUUGCAGGCUACCCAAGGCGCAGAUUGGCGAACCCUACUGCUGGAAGGUCUAA